GGUCUUGUCACGACUGCGGAGGUCGUCGUUUAUUUAUAGAAUUGUUCCCCUUCCCACGUGCGGACGGUACACCAUGUUUCCGUACUCUUUUAUACAGGAAACAUUCUUCCGGCUACUUGAAUCAACCCUAGCAAGGAUCAGCUUAGCUUGUGUUAGUUUCACCAUUGAAACACAACUUAGCCUAGCUACGUAUUGAUGAAACGACAACUUAGCUUUUCACACUGCGGCGGAAGUAGCUAACUAAAACUACAAGCAUAGGAAGCAACGAACUAGCUGCAGGAGACGGCAACCUAGCUGGCUAACAACGUUACAUACCGAUCAAAGGAGAAUUUAAACUCUUUAUAAAAGAUGCUUGUAAAGCUUUAAUACUCUAUGUGUAAAAAGGUCAGUUUGUUAAUUAUGACUUAGACUAACAAAUGGACUACAGACUUGAUCAUCAGAGGGUAAAAUUGUCACUACAGUACUUACACACUGGGGAACUAAGCUAUACAACAAAGUUGACAUGUAGUGGGAUCCGAAAUACGCGAGCACCAAGAUGUUAGUAUUUUGAUGAAGAACGUCGAAGUUUAAAGCCAAGCGACAGAGAAAGGGUAGAGCUGAUCUACGGAUCAGAUUGCCUGUCGGGACUAAUUAUAAGGCCGCAAUUUGCAUCAGCCUGUCGAACCUUGCUGAUCAUAAAACACACAGCCAUGACGGACCCUAGUGUCCAACCGGACCCCCUUACCCCGGGGGACCUGUACGAGAUAUAUAUAGAGCCUAACCGCUAUACCAUUGUCAAUGGUAUAGACCCCCGGGAAUACUUCGACCGGCUGAGAGAGCUGCGCGUGCUUACUUCGGAUGAUACGGAGUUAAUCAUGAACAAAUACCACACGAGACGGACAAGAGCGGGUUUCAUGCUUGAUAUACUGCAAACAAAGGGAAACAAUGGUUGUCAGCAUUUCCUCGACACGAUGGAGUAUCACAACCCAGAAACGUACAAGGCUAUCACGGGGGAAAAUCCUAGAGAGCCUCCCUUAGACUUUAAGGUGACACGAUUCAGUUGUAACAUGAACUUGGUAAAUAACCUGUCUGAGACGAUCAGGACUCUACAGGAUCAAGCACAGGGAAACGCGGCUAUGAAACAGAAGCUAGAGGAUCUGGAGACUGGUCUUUUGUUCGCUCAGAAUGAUAAAAAGGAACUUGAGAAUGAAACCGAGAUACUGAGGCUGGAGAACCAGUCCCUUACCCACCGACUUCAGGCACUAGAGAGGAACUGUAGCAGCAUCGUAGAGGAAAACAGCAAGCUAAAGGAUGCGUCAAUGGAAUACCUGAAGAACAGUUUAGAGUACACGAAGGAGCGAGAGGACUACCGAGAGAAGUGGAGAAACUGUCAGUACAAGCUUGACCAGCGGGAGAGAGAAAUAAUAGAGCUAAAAGGAGCUCUAUCGGACGCCCUCUGUCCUAACUGUAGCCAGGAUGAAACUGACAGGUGUUUACAAGCCACGACAGCCAAGAUGCCAGCGGCAUUGGGCUGCGAGGUUCUUCAAGAACGCCAGGAGGUGGAAAAACAGAUCCUGAAGGAGGAACGAGACGAGGCCCAACAGAAUUGUGAAGACAUUAUGGAACGAAUGGACAGGUUGGAGGUUCAGCUCUCUGACUACCAGGACAAGUGUAUGGAGCUUGAGACAAGACUUCAAGCUUCAAUAAAGGAGAAAAAUAAAAUCAACACAGCUUACAUGGAUCGUAAAAAGAAAGUUGAGGAGUACUUUGACAGGAUAAAGGAGUUGGAAAAUGAAAAAAAAAUUCUUGAAGAACUGAGGAUAAAGGAACAGAUCCGGGCUAAUGAGGAGUCGACCCAGCGAAUACAGCUGUUCAAUGACAAACAUGAACUGGAAACCCUGUAUGAUGAACUCAAAUCCAAUAUGGAAAUCAAACGUUUAUCGGACCAGAUAAGCCUACCAGAAACUGACAGACAAUACGUUGAUAGAAAACAGAGCAUAUAUGAUAUUUCAGACGAUAUCCAGGAUUCAAGUAUUCCUCUUGAUCCUAAGUACAACACGCUUCCUGUCACACUGAUGGGACAUUCCAGCAACCAUGCAGGCGCUGCAGGCUUUUCCCGCUGUGCCAGUCAUAUUGUUCAUACACAAAAAAGCAUCCCUCAUGGGCCAAUGGAAACUUUUGAAUUGGUUUCCAGGGAUGCCUCAAACCGACCAGAUAGCCUUGGGAUGAAAGUUCAUAUUUCUGAUUCAAGAAAACAGAAAGUGACACCAGUCUUGUCCAUGAAUCUCCCCCUCGCUGUUGACAGGGAUGCGAUUUCGUGUUACGUACGACAUAAUGACAAUAUCAGUGAGUCCGGAAAAUCUCAUCCUGAAAUAGGCAGCGAGUCAGGAAAUUAUCACCGUGGCAAAGGCAAUGAGUCGGGAGACAGCCUUGAGCCUGAAGAAGAAACCAUUGAUCAGUUCUACCCAAAGGCGAAGAGCGAAACGUCUGAGGAUUCGAGUGUCAGUGAUGAAAACGAACUCACCAAUUAUGAGGUGGUCAUGCCAAUGAUUCCCUGUUUACCAGAAAAGGCAAACAGUCAUGACCCUAAAUUCACUGUGAAAGUGCCAAUGCCAUUUCUGGACACUCAGCUGGAAAUAGCAGGUGGAAAUAUAACUGGCAUAUUUAUCCAGAAGAUUCUUGACAAGUCACUCAACAAUUGGCUCAGUUUGGGGGAUCAGAUCAUGUCUGUUGUCCUAAGCAACAAGGUGGGUAACUCUGUCACACAAGUCUUCCAUAACUGUACUCAGGAACAGGUCAGAAAAUCACUCAUCAGCGACAGUCUACCAUUCUCCAUCGACACCGUUGAACUCAACUGUGCGCAUAAUAAAAAAGUGAAUCAAGAGGCUUUAAAAUGGAUGAAGGAGAACAACAGCAAUGGUGACUUCUUUUACACAAGGAGUAACUUCACCUGGCAAGGAGACAGGACGGCGGGUCAACUUGAGGUCAAUAUUGGGGACAUAUUUAUGGUCCUGAACACCACUUGUAGGCCACGUUUCUGGUUAGCGGUGAAGUUUGACCGAGACAGACAGACCUGGGAAUCUGACACAGGGUUUAUUCCUAACACUUCAGAGGCAUUGAGAAGCAGAGUAAAAAUGCAAAUCAAAAGGAUAGAAUCAAUGGAAGGCAAGCACACAGGGAGAUGGAAGGGUAUAAAGUGCAGAUCAGAACAUUACACAAUGAUUUUACCUGUGAAAGCCCUGACCAGGUCACCAGUGUUACUGUACGGACAAGAGAAGGUAGUCACCACUGUACAAAAAAUCAUGUCAACGGAAAUGCCGGACUGCUCUAAAGUGGACAUUAUGAAGAAUGAUCUCAUCGACAUACAUCGGCACUUCCCUCAGAUAUCUGGUCGACACAGCAUUAGGAAAGGCAGUUUGACCCCUGUAGCCCUCAAUCAGUCUCUUAACAUCAUUAUCUACCUUAGGCUUCGAAACGAGGCUGACCCAGAACAGCUCCGUACAAUUCUCGGCAGUGACUUUGAUACAGCCACCGAAAGUUCAUCUGAAUGUCUUGAAAGUCGCCUUCAAACGAUUGGUCUUACUUACGACACAAUAGACAUACCCAGCCCUGAGGUAAAGGACCGUGCCAGUUUAUUACGGUGUCUGUGUGCCAGAAUCUCACGAUAUCAAGACCGUGUGUGCUGGCUAGGAAAACAAAGCCUUACCCCAGCGGAUCAGUGGAAGUUCCAGAGCCUCAUCUGUCACUCAAAGCUUUCUAAUGUGUACUCAGACGACCAGCAAGAAAGCCCGCAACCUUUUUCUGCUUUGUCUCUUGAUGACAGUCGCAGCCAUUGGGCUCGAAGCGCCAAUAUUUUCCGCUCAUUUUCUACAGAUUAAACCUGAACAAGCGGUUUAGCAGGUGUUGAAUAGACUAGAUUCAAGCUUUUACUUCAAAACGAGAGACUAGAAAGUGCAUUGAACUGUUCUCGUCAAUAGUCACAGAAAAAAAGAGAUUGAUAGGUUUUAAUAAAAUGUCAAAACAAUCAGUAUGUCUUUCAACCUGCAUAAUAGAAGUAUAUGAAUUGUAGUAGAAACCAACAAGUAUUAAGGUUUUAAAAUGGAGUCUUUGAAAGGGACAUAUUUACUGUUCGAGUAUUUGUUUAAAAAAUAUAUUGGAAAACCUAUCACUCGUCAGCACCUUUGUAUCUCAGUUUUUAAAUGAUUUCAACUCUGAUUAAAAUAACGUGUUUAAAAUAUACUAACAAAAGGUAAAAACGAAAGGUGAACACUUCUUUGAGGUGAGAUCAUUUAUAUCAUUUAUGUUACAAAUUUAUUCAAUUUGGUAUCAGUGAAUUCAUUGAACAGUUUGAACAGUAGAGGAUAGGAUGUCGACCCAGUUUUAUUGUUGUCAACAACUGUCCUACAGCUUUAUGUAGCGACACUUAAGCAUGGAGCAUGCCACCAGCCAUUUCCCUGCAAACUAGUGACAGUCUCGGCCUAAUGAAAAUGCGAAUUGGUGAUGAUUUUUGAGUUUUCAGUCGUCAGUGGGUGAUAAAAGAAUUACGGUUUUUUACGUGACAGAUUAUUUUUUUUUGACAAAUCACUGGUGUAAUUCACGACACACAUGAAAAGCAUGGGCCAUCGUAGACUUUCCGCUUGAAAGAUUUUAGCGAACAAGGUGUCACCUUUCAUAGGUUCAAGUUCAAGUUCAAUUUGUUUAUUUAAGUGUCACAUAUCACAAUUACAUUUAUGUUCAUUAAUACAUAUAAAAUACUUGUACAAAAUAUAAAUCAAUUCCAUUGGUACAUAUAAAAUACUUGCAGUUGGCUGUUUCCUAGAACUUAAAAUAGUUUGUUUAACAUAAAAAAAAACCCCUUGUAAUAGGGAUCAAUAUCGACAUUAGAUUAUUGUGAGACUACCCUUCUUAUUAUUAUUAACAUGUAGGUUGCAGUGACUCAAAGUGCGCUACCUUAGGGUUGGGGAGAGCCCUACCAGCGAAGACAGGUCGCUCUGCGCCACUGCAAUCAUACGAUGUAACUUUAAAAA